AUGAGUCACUAUAGACGUUUCAGUAAUUUACAAUUUGCUCAACGUUGUAUAUUCAUUACUGGAAUUUUUUGGGAUUUAUAUAGUACUUAUUCUCUCAUCUAUGUUGAUGCAUCUUUAGGAAUAUUUUCACUUUACGUGUUGUUCUUCAUCGCAUUGUUAAGUCCAACAAGUCGUAUCGUUACCAUUUCAAAUCUUACUCCAUCGCUCUUUGAUCAACUUCAUCGUGAACAUGGUGAAACACUCUCAUGUCCAUGUUCAACUAUUACCAUACCUUAUAGCACUUUCGUUACAAAUAUGGUCUCAUUUCAUCCUUUCGAAUUGCUAGCUGCUCUUUGUUCAAUUUCAAACGACACAGUUUCAAAAGCACUAUUAGAUAUUCAAAAUAAUCAACUUGUUACAGUUGAGCUUCUUGAAGAAGAAGAUAUUCAAUCGCAAGUAGAAGCCAUGGUUAAACUUGUUCAAACAACCGCAUAUGUUCAAGUUACUUCAUUUUUACAACUCGUCCAAAUGAUGUAUCGUUCCAAUACUCUUGUGUCUGCUUUUGGAACGAAUGCAGUUGUUCAAAUAGGCUCUGGUAGAGUAUUAAUCUAUUCUACGAAUUACGUGCGCCCAUACAUUACUGAGAUUAACCCGUCGUACGCUUUAAGUUGCGCCGAAACGAACAUGAAAACUCCAGCUGUUUUCUAUGCUCAACCAUUAGAUACGAGUAUAAAUGAUCAUAUAGAUUGGCCUACUUACCAUGGUGCCUAUAGUAGUUCAAUUAUUUCUGCGAGCAUCGACGGAUUCUUCGGAGGAUGUUUUGCUCUGGAUUCUAUUCUUAACAGUACACUUGAUUGUUUGCACAACUUUCAAUGUCUAGAAACUUUAUUUGAUUAUUUUCCAGCUCUUAAUCAAUCAAAAUUCAAAUUGAUCGAUCUUCCUCUAUCUUCUGGUCGACGAAAUAUCUCUGUAAACGAUCUUGUCUCUGAUCUAUUUAUUGAACAAAAUUCAACCAAAAUCAACUACACGAAUUAUUUUAAUCAAUGUGCUCCUUUAGUGUGUACAUAUUCUACCAUAGAUUCGAUCAAUUUAUCAUCUAUCCUGUCUCUUUUAAUCAGUCUCUAUGGUGGUCUGACUGCUAUUCUUCGGUUAAUUGCACCUUUAUUGAUCACGAUUAUAUGGAAAAUUCGACAUCGUCCAAUAAAAAUCACUAUUAACUAUGGUUCUAUUCUUUGUCUUCUUCUUUUUAAUUCACUCAAAAGUCAAACAAUUACAAUCAUUGAAAAAAAUCCAUCGUUAACUAAAUACAAACAAUUACAAAUCCUUUAUCCAGAUACACUUACAUGUCCUUGUGCAAAUACUACAAUGCCUUAUAAGACAUUUGUUUCCUUGUCUCCCAUUUUUCAUCAAAUAUGCUCAAGUGAUUUAAUUAGCGAAUCAUGGAUUUCACUACUAUCGAAUAGCGGUCCGAAUGAUGUGUUGGGUGGUUCAUGGAUUAGUAAAGCUGCUCAAUACUUUGGAUUACUGUCUAGUAUUUGCCAACUAGCUAAUUCGACAGCUACUAACAAUACUCAUGUUUUUUUCGCACGCACUUUUGUUACUUCCUAUGUGCUUAUCGAAACAGAUUUUAAUAUUCAAGUAAAUGCAACCGUCAAGCAACUGACUGAAUCAAUUGUGAUCAGUUUUAAUCUUUUCAAUAUUAUGACACGUCUUUUCAUUCAGGCUGAUCAACCAAUAAUAGUAUCACCGGAGUAUAAUUCUCAAGUAAAACUGGAUUAUAUAAAUACUACAGCCGGUACUAAGAAUCCACAAGCACUACAUUUUACAUUUGUUUUUAAUACUAUUACGAAGAACAAUUCGGUUUCGAGUGGUCCAAUAUGUCAAUGUGUUGUUGAUCCCAAUUGUCAAGGACCCAUCACUUUCGCAAUUGAGGGUACAGCUGGUAUUUUACGAUUACCUGGUUAUCAUCCACCAUAUAUUCCUAGUGCUUAUGUGGCACCUGGAUUGGUUGAUGCAUGUUAUACUAUUGAUUUCCUUCUUCUAUCAACACUUCAAUGUUUCUAUACAGAUUCCAACUGUAUGAACAAACUUAUCUAUUAUACAAACAAUAAAACAUAUCCGUCACCUGCAAAUGAUUCAAAUUUGUAUGCACAUGCAUUAAUAUAUAACCAAACAACAACUCGUUUUCCUCCAAAUACUUCAGUUUCAUCAAUAGUUGAAGAAAUGAUGAUUGAACAAUGGAAUGCAUCAUUGUCAUUUCCUGAUUAUUAUAAAGCAUGUGCACCAACUUAUUGUACUUACACUCAAAUAAAACAUGCAGAAACUUUUAGCGAACUAUUAGUGACACUGAUUUCAACGGUCGGUGGUCUUGUUAUGGUAUUACGACUAAUUACAUUCCAACUCGUUAAGAUAAUUUUUGGUUUAUUUCAAAAAAAGCCGAAGAAACAACAACAAGUUCGUCGAAAAUUACUUGAUCGAUUCAAGGCGUUAUUAUCUAAACUAAUAACAUUUUUAUCUGCAAAAAUGUUGAAUCUAAAUAUAUUUCCUGCACGAAUAUUCGGAAGUAAUAUCGACCGAAUAAUGGUGAAAUAUCUUGGUCAAUGGUCAACUCGUCUUUAUCUUAUUCUUCUAAGUAUCAUUUUUAUCAUUUUAACUCUUUAUACAGCUAUUCAACCACAAACAUUGACCAAAUCUUUUUCAACACCAUCAUUAAAUUUCUAUAAGAAUUUGAUGAAUGAUCAUAGUGAUGAACUUGAAUGUCCAUGUUCAUUGAUAUCAUCUCCAUAUGAUGACUAUGUUCAAAUUCAACCGAUAUUUCAUCAGAUUUGUUCAAGUGAUUUGAUUUCAAAUGAAUGGAGAUUAAAUAUUACAGCAAAUUUAAUUUCUAAUUUGUCUGUUUAUAAUCAUAGAGAUUAUCGUCUAUUUCUCUCUACUCAUUUACAAUUUUUAAAUGGAUUAUGUCAACUCUCUAUGCAAACAGUAAAUCAAUCUAUUCAACAAUCUUUAUCUUCAUUAAUGAUUACUAAACAAUUAUUAUCAGAAGAGAAUUUUAAUUUACAUAUUAAUUCAAUGAUUAAUGAAGCAAAAUCUAAUGCUCCCUCAACAUUCAUUCGUCUAUUUUCGUUACUUCAAGCUACAAAUCAUGGAAAUGCAAUUGUCUCAGCAUAUGGAACUAAUUAUCAAUACUUAGCUGCUGAUGAUAGUACAUUUCAGAGCAUUUUAUAUACUCAAGCAAUGAUCUAUGAUGAUAACUGUUCAUGUCAGUUAAAUUCUACUUGUAUUAUUAAUGCUUCGUUUAUCGAAAUAAAUUCAACACAACCUAUAACAAUUAAAGGUUUGAAAAUGGGUUGUACACCGAGUGAAUCAUUGUUAGCAUCAACUCUCGAAUGUUUUUAUGAUCAAUCAUGUAUUAAUCUUAUUCAAACAAUGGCAGGAUACAAUAAAAAUAUCACUCCGAUUCCUCUCAACAUAACUAAUAGUCGAUUUCUGAUGAAUAUGACUGUAAUGAAUCUUAUCAACGAUCUAUUUGUUGAGAAAUGGUCAGCAAUAAUGAAUUAUUCAUCAUAUUUUUAUAAAUGUUCACCAAUGAUCUGUUCAUAUACAUAUAUUCAACAACUGGAUUCAUUCUAUACACUAACUUAUUUACUUGGUUUAUAUGGUGGUUUAACAAUUGUUCUUAAAUGGAUCUCUCCGAAAAUUGUUUAUUUUAUUAGCAAAAUUUACCAACGCCGAAAGAAAACAACCAACUCGAUCAAACCAAUAUCUACUGUUGAAAGUGAAACUAUCGAAAUAAUGGACGCAAAUAAUAUCAACAAUACUACUGCGUCUUCACAAUCAUUACAGACAGUACCAACACAUUCGAAAAAAUUAUUUUCGGUAUCAUCAAACUAUUGGAUCUUUGGUUUAAUAGUGUUUAUAAUUGUGACAAUAGGCAUUCUUAUUCCAUUUAUUUAUGUUUUUCAAGAAAAAAAGAACCAUUCUGCAUCAACAGUACAAUUAGAAUAUAUUGAAAUCGAUUAUGCAUCAUGUAACAAGUGUUAUAUCUUUUCAGAAUCAAUCAGCAUCACUAAGAAAAAAAUUGCAACUACAGUAUCAUCAAAACCAACGCUUGGAAAAUUACCUAAACCUAAUUACCAAAAUAUGCAAUAUAAAAAACUUCUUAUUGGCAAGAACGAAGAAGAUGCAGAGAUGGCUUCAAAACGAACGGAUGCAUUUGAUGUAUCACCAGAACGCAAAUCUGAAUCAGAAAAUAUAAACAAUAUUAAACAAUCUACUCGUCCACGAACAGGAUUCCUAAUAGCUAUCAUUAGUACUACAAUAUGGAUUAUUUUCAUUGAAAAAGCCGAAACAACAAUUAAUACAACUACAACUACAAGGGAUGCAUCGACAGCAGAAACAACAAUUCUUACAGCGUCAACAACAACAGCAGCAAUGCUUACAACGUGGACAACAGAAACAUCAAUUCAUACAACCUCAGCAGCAAAAACGACAAUGCUUACAACGUCGACUAAUUCUCACACAACAACAAUGAGUAAACCAAAAUGGGAUAAAUGGAAACAAAAUGCCAUCACUGUGGCUGGUGGAAAUGGAGAAGGACAAGAAUUAAAUCAACUCAAUCGCUCUCACGGAAUCUUCAUUGAUAAAAAGAAAAAUAUUUUCAUUGCUGAUAGUCAUAAUCAUCGUAUUGUUGAAUGGAAAUACAAUGCAAAUGAAGGACAAAUCAUUGCCGGCGGAAAUGGCAACGGAAGCCGAAUGGAUCAAUUGAGUUUUCCAAUAGAUGUGAUUGUUGAUGAACAAAAUCAUUCGAUCAUCAUUGCUGAUUAUGGUAAUAGACGAGUGAUUCUAUGGUUUAAUCAAAAUCAACAAAUUCUCAUUAAGAAUAUUACUUGUUACGGCUUGGCAAUGGAUAAACAUGGAUUUCUUUAUGUUUCUGAUUAUCACAAGAAUGAAGUGAGACGAUGGAAAAUGGGAGAAUACAACAAUGAAGGAAUUGUAGUGGCUGGUGGAAAUGAACAAGGAAGUCGACUCAAUCAACUCCAUACUCCUACUUUUAUCUUUGUUGAUGAAGAUCAAUCUAUUUAUGUACCAGAUGUGAACAAUAAUCGUGUGGUGAAAUGGAGAAAAGAUGCAAAAGAAGGAACAGUUGUAGCUGGAAGAUCUAGUCAAGGAAAAAGUCUCAGUCAGUUGUGUUUACCUAAAGGAGUAAUUGUUGAUGAUUUGGGUCAAAUCUAUGUGGCAGAUUUGUGUAACGAUCGAAUAAUGCGUUGGUGUGAAGGAAAAGAAGAAGGUGAAAUUGUCGUUGGUGGAAAUGGUCAAGGAAAUAAAUCAAAUCAAUUGCAUUAUCCCUAUGGUUUAUCUUUUGAUGAUGAAGGAAAUCUUUAUGUUGCUGAUUUUCUGAAUCAUCGAAUUCAAAAAUUUGAAAUAAUUUUGUGA